AAAUAUCAACUUGAAAUAAUCAUAAUAAAUAAUUUUAAAUAUCAAUAAAACUGAUUUGAUGAAUGUAAUAUUACUAUAAAACGUGUUACUAUGAAUUCUACUUCGACAGUCCGUGUAAAAGAGAAGAUUCGUUUUGAUAUCAAUUUCCAUCGUGAACAAAAUAAAAGAAUCCUAUUAAAUUCAAGACGAGGUGUUAUCGAUGAAGGAGACCAAAAUGAUGUGUUUACAAUUGAGGACAUGCAAAAUGUAGCAUUAGAAAUUGUACGUAAAAAACCAAGAAUAACUGUCAACGAUUUUAAAUUAUUAAAACAUGGUUUACUCAACGGUCAAGAAUUUAUUUUAGCUUUUUGUCAUACUCAUGGUGCAGUUGAUUCUUUACUACACUGUGCAUCAAGUAUAUUGUUACAACUUCCUACUAAAGUAUAUUGGAUUUAUUAUAAUUAUACAUUGUUUAUAUUAAUUUCAGGUAAAAAUGAAGCAGUAAAAUUAGUAGCGAUUGAAUGUUUUUGUAAUAUGGCCCUUGGCAAUAAAAAAACAUGUAUCAAAUUAGCGAAUUUAAUUACACCUUAUUUCAUGGUUUACAUCAAUAGUUUUAAUUUUAAUAUAUCUGUAAGUAUUACUCUUAGUUAAUUUUUAAUUUUAUAAUUUCAUUGUUAUUAACAUAUUUUAUUUCAUACAUUUCUUCGGUGUAUUAGUUUAUAUUUUUACAUUAAAUAUAUUUCAUAAAUUAAGAAAACUAAAUAAUAUUUGAUCAUACAAUUUUCAUAUUAUAUUGCAUUACCUUAUAUGUGCAACGAUUAAAGAAGUAAUUAUUAUAUAGGGAUCUACCAAAAAAUAAUAAUAAAUAAAUAAUAAUACAAAAAUGGUAUAAAUCUAGUUUACCAAACAUCCUUUGUAUUUAAAUUUUUUUUAAAUUUUAAAUGUGUAUUUUUCGACAUUGAUUUCAGAACUGUUUGAAUUGAUUUUUUUCCCUGUUACCUACCUGACAUGGUUUUGCACAACAAAUGAGGGUCAUUUUCAUUUAAAACAGUUUGAUCAACCGAGUGACCCUUUUAAGUGUCUAGGUGCACCUAUAAUGCUAAUACAAUGAACUUUGAACUUUCAUAACUUCUUUAAUAAUGAUUUCCUCAAAAAAAUUCAAACAGUUUCAAAAUCAGAGUCAAAAAUAUGUAUUUAAAAAAAAAAAAAUUGGAAAACAAAGGGUAUCUGGUAAACUAGACUUGUUCCCAAAAAUAAAAGGUAGUAUCAAUUAAACUACCUACCAAAUUGUUUAUUGAUUAGUUUUUACUUAUUAGUAGAAAUGUUUUUUUAAAUUAGAAUUUUAACUUAUGUAUAAUUUUUGGAGAUUUUUAAGAAGUCUAAUGAGCUUUAAACUAAUUAACUCAUAUUUGACUGAUUUUCUACUAGUUUAUUUAGGAUGUUUCAAUCAAGCAAAUUAUUAAAACCUCAUUAUUUUAUAGUCUGUGUCUAUAUGGACUCUUGGAAAUUUAAGUGGCUCAGAUGAAGAUUCGUGUAGACUGCUUCAAAACCAAAAUUUAUUUGGUGCAUUGAUUGAUCGUCUAAAAAGCUCAACUUGUGAUGAAGUUAUUUUAAAUACCUUUUAUGCUUUGAAACUUUUUCUUAAGACUUACAUUUACCAUUUAAAGUAAGCCAAAGAUAUUUUAUGACUAACUAUUACAUAUACAAAUUUAACUAAUAAUAUUUUUAUUAUUAGGAAUGAAGAACUAAACGAAUUACUUCAUAUAUGUUUAGAACGUUUGAAUUCGUGGAAUGAAUCAUUUUGGAUAGUGUAUCAAAUUUCUUGUCGUCAAGACUGCGCUAUGCUUGAUCAAAAUUUAAUAAAACGUUUAUUCCUGUGCAUCCACACUGAUGAAGAUAUGCUUGACAUAAAGUGUAUAGUAUCUAUUAUAAGAACUUUUGGUAACAUUAUAGCUAUGGAUAAUAGUGGUAAUUCAGCAAAUGAAUUUAUUAUUGGAUUACACAAUGAAGGAUCAGUUAUAAGAAAUAUAUUAAUUAAAAAUAGACACAUCAAUUUGAAUAAUGAAUGUGCAUGGUUACUAGGCAAUGUUUAUAAUGUAUUAAAAUUUACUGAAAAUGAGAUUAAUAGUUCUUCAGCUACAAACAACUUUAGUGACAUUUGUAAUUACCUUAUUGUGUAAUAUUUAUUGUUUUAAUGUGUUGACUUGAAUGAUAUAUAUAUAUAUAUAUAUAUACUAAUCUUAACUUUUGUUAGUGAGUUAUACUAAUUGUAUACUAAUUUGUAAAAAAAUAACCCUAAC